CGGACCGGAGAGCGCGCGGGGAGAGCGGGCGGCGGGGAUCUCCGAGCCGAAGCGCGGGCCGUGACUCAGGGAACCCUCGUGAGCUGCAUCAUGGGAGCAGUGGUAGUUGAUGAUGGUCCGUCUGGCGUCAAAGCUCCUGAUGGAGGCUGGGGCUGGGCUGUCCUUUUUGGCUGUUUUAUCAUCACAGGAUUCUCCUAUGCCUUUCCAAAGGCAGUCAGUGUCUUCUUCAAAGAACUUAUCCGGGAAUUUGGCAUUGGAUACAGUGACACUGCAUGGAUUUCCUCCAUUCUGUUGGCCAUGCUGUAUGGAACAGGUCCGCUGUGCAGCGUGUGCGUCAAUCGCUUUGGCUGUCGCCCGGUCAUGUUGGUAGGUGGCCUCUUUGCCUCCAUGGGGAUGGUGAUAGCCUCCUUCUGCACCAGCAUCGUUCAGAUCUACCUCAGCGCAGGGGUGAUCACUGGUUUGGGUCUGGCUCUCAACUUUCAGCCUUCGCUCAUCAUGUUAAACCGCUACUUUGACAAACGCCGACCUCUGGCCAACGGGCUGUCAGCUGCUGGGAGCCCAGUGUUCCUUUGCGCCCUUUCACCUCUGGGGCAGAUACUUCAACACGAGUAUGGUUGGAGAGGAGGAUUCCUUAUACUGGGUGGGAUGCUGCUCAACUGUUGUGUAUGCGGAGCGCUAAUGAGACCUUUGGAGCCGCCCAAAAAAUCUGAAGCUACCAAAGAACCUGCUGAGAAGAAAGCAAAGAAAAAACUCCUGGAUUUCAGCGUGUUUAAAGAUGGUGGUUUUGUGAUCUACACGCUAGCAGCAUCUAUCAUGGUGCUCGGCCUCUUUGUUCCCCCAGUUUUUGUUGUGAGUUAUGCCAAGGAUUUGGGGUAUCAGGACACCAAAGCAGCUUUUCUUCUGACGAUUCUGGGAUUUAUUGAUAUCUUUGCUCGUCCCAUUUGCGGAAUGGUAGCUGGUCUCAAGUGGGUUAGACCACGUUGUGUCUACCUCUUCAGUUUUGCUAUGAUUUUUAACGGCUUUACAGAUCUCAUGGGCUCCAUGUCUGUUGAUUACGGUGGCCUGGUGGUCUUCUGCAUUUUCUUUGGCAUUUCUUACGGAAUGGUAGGUGCUCUUCAGUUCGAAGUUCUCAUGGCUAUUGUUGGCACUCAGAAGUUUUCCAGUGCUAUUGGCUUGGUGCUCCUGGCAGAAGCGAUGGCGGUUCUGAUCGGCCCGCCGUCAGCAGGAAAACUCUUGGAUCUGACACGGCGGUACAUGUUUGUCUUUAUUGUCGCUGGAAUUGAAGUUACCACUUCAGCGCUGGUGCUGGCCUUGGGAAAUUUCUUCUGCAUUAAGAAAAAACCAGAAGAACCACACACAAAAGAAGCAGCAGCAGAAAGAGAGGAAUUAAACAAAUCUGAAGACAAAACUCCUGAGGAUGCCAAGGUGGACUCUAUUGAGGUGGAGCAGUUCCUAAAAGAUGAGCCCGAAAAAAACGGCGAGGUCGUAACCAACCCAGAAACCUGUGUGUGAGCACAGCACAAAACCCACACGGCGUUCAGAAGAGGGUCAAACAGAAUUUCAACACUAUUUAUUUUAGAAAUAGAACUAGCUUAGGGCUGGGCCGUCUGCUUUAUUAACUGGAGGCCGGUCAGCUCAUCGGGUCUCUCUGGAAGCUGAUUUACUAGACAACCUUUCAUCAGAAAAUUAGCUUUAUCAUUGAAAGGUGAAACGUUGUGGUUAUACUUUUUAUGUAAACAAAAAAGCUUUUCCGAACACAAGUAGAGUUUUGCCAUGCAUCACCAGAAACUGCUCACUUGGCAGAGAUUGAGGAAGGAAUUAUGUGUACGCUUUCAGAUAAUACGGGUGAAAUUGCUGUGUUGUGUGGCUAAAUGUAAUUUCCCUUCCUGUGCUUUUUGGGAAGGGGAAAGAGGUUGAGAUGGAGAAAAAUCUCAGGAACUUAAAGGUCUCCAUUAGGUCUUUGAAUUUCUUACUUUUUUUAGACUUUCAGAUGAAUUGGCUCAGCCCUAGUCUAAUUUUGAUAAUACCUGUUACUUUGGUUUAUGCAAAUGUAUUUCUAUGAGUUUUGUCUAAACCUGUAGUCUUUGUAAUUGUCAUCUGGAAACUCUGUCCACAGAAAGGCACAUUGCAGGCACUGUCCUCAGCUGAUCACACAAGCCCUGAUCCUAGGGAACACUGAAAGGAAAAUAAAAUGAGUAGAUUCGAUCCCGACAGACAAUAAACAAAGUUCAUCUCCACUCGUAUACACUGCUCUCAGCUCAGCUUCUCUGCAACACUGAAAAUUAUUACAGGUAUCAUCCAGAAGAUGGACAGGAGGCUUAGUAGAACCUUCUGAAAGUGUUUUUGUUUUGUACAUACAUUUUAAUUGUCCAGAUGACAUCUAUCAGGCACGUGGCCGUUGGGUAACUUAGGGGCAAGGUUGGGACUGCUUUGAAACUUGUUACUGUUACAUCUUUGAUAUGCAACAUCAGCAACACAUUCUUCCUUUAAUGUUUAAUUUACCCCACCUCCCUCUGCUUUAUUAAUCUAUAGAAGUUCAGAGGGCCAUUGUGGUUGCUUAAGAUGAUGGAACUGCUGAUCACAUUUUUGAUGGCUCUGAAUGAGAGCUCAUCAAGAGCUGGGCCUGCUCUGCUGCCUGUUUGCUGCACCAAGGCUCUGUGUAUCCUUACACUGUGCUUGGCAUCAGAUGAGGAAGGGGACGUAACACAAAUGGACCCGACAAGACGGGCAGCACUGGAGAAAUGCAGAAAGGGAAAAGAUUCACUGUGAGGACUUCAAGUAGGAGAAGAAGGUAAAAGGAAGGCAUUCUCUAUUACAUGUAUAAAAAAAUAGAGUAUAUUGUCUAUACUACAUUUUUUUCCCCACAAACACAUUGAAAAUAUGUAAUAUUUACUAUAAAAUGAUGCUAUUUCAGCCCAGUUUUCAGAUACAUGUAUAAAAAGCCCUGUGGGAUUUAUGAGUGCAGUAACGACCUUCAAAAUAGGCUUAAUUGCAAUGGAUUCUAUUUUCUUCUCAGUAGGGAAUCUAAGGCAGAAUACAAAAGAAUUAGUUGCCCCACGUGAUCAUUUUAGGAGAUACAGUGCAACCAAGGAAGGGCCAAAACCACAACCCAGGGGAUUAUUUUGGAAACCAGCUUCCACUCUGCUAAUUUCUUCACAAUGGUUUUGCAUUGCUAGGACAAAUUUAAAUCUUAGGAACACCAUUUUAUUUUUUUUGGUAGCAAUUUUAAGCAGAAAUGGAUGCUGCACUCAAUAAAGUGUUUAUUUUUUAUAUUGGAUACAGUGCAGUCCUCUUUCCUUUUCUCUCCACUGCCUUGACUUCCUUUGAAGGAAACCUCCACCUGUGCCAGCUGCUCUGCCUGCACAACCACGUCUGUGUUAAGCUGUGCUGGGGCUUCUGCCCAACUGCUUCUACAGCCAUAGCAAAAUAGGCCUUCAUUCAGCUCCUCCUAAUCCAAGAUGUAUAAAAAGAAAAGCCCCAAAAACCCAACUAACAUCUACUGCAUACUGGAAGGGAAGGAUUGUAUCUGAACCCUUUAGCAAGAGCAGCCUGCUUCUUACGAAUCUCACUCUGCUUAUUGCAAACUCAUAAGGAAUUGCCUUCAAACUCUUUCAGGUCUUUUUGGUGCAGCAUUGCUUUAAUCUCAGCACUGUUGAGGUGGAAAUCCCUGAAUUCCUAACACCCCUUUGUGCUCUUGUAUUUGGAAGAAAUAGGCGGCCAGUCCAAGAAUGGCUGAAGAGGUAACAGUGGGGUGCAGGGGCAGUAGAGCUGCACAACAAGAUGUGGAUGAACCCUCCUGUGUUCAGCCUGUGACUUGGGUGGAAGACAGCAAGCUACACGUGUCUCAAAGGCCGUGCCGUCAUUUGCUUUCCAUCACACACUGCUGGAGCACAUGUAACUGCAGUCAGAAACCCAGGUGCAAUAUAUCCAUGUCUGUACCUGCAUAUAGGAAGCAACUGACAGAUUGCUUUGCAGGUAUUUCUCCAGAACUGAUGAAGAAUCUCUUAGCACACAGGCUAGCAUAAUUCUCAAGUUGUUUGGGCCUUUGAGUGUUCUAUGAAUUGAGAUGAUAUAAAGGACUGAACAGAUUGUUAAUGUUUAAACCCAACAAAACAGGCGUUAGGUGAUGUAAAAUCAUCCUCUAACCCAACCACAUUUCACAGUAAUAGUUCCCAAUGCACUCACGUACACACCUUUGUUCUCUCCCAAGAAAAGCUUAAAUUUGGUAGAAAGCCCCAAGGGAUUUGCAGGAGCACACAAGCAUUACAUGUGACAGCAGUAAGUACUGAUUUGUGCACCUCCCUCUGUCUGUCUACUGCAGGUCUCUUUGGGAUGACAGGAGUACACUUUGGUUUUGUGCAACAAGAUGAUUUGUUUCCUGUUAAUGCACUUUAAUGUUACGUGUACGUUUAUACCUGGAUUUGUUUGAUGCUUUUCUAGUAAACUGUUGCAAAAAUA